AUGAACGGCCAGGGAGGCGACCGCGGCGCGCGCAAAUCAUUUCUGAUCCGCGACAUCCUGGGCGAGGGCGUGGCUGGCAGCCCGCUGGCGCUAGCCGUACCGCAGCCUGACCCGGGCCGCGUCGGGGUACCGGUACCUGUGUACCUGCGCACGAGACAGGACGAGCACGCCGACCUGUGCGCUGGCCGCCGGUGCCGACGCAGUCGCACUGUCUUCACAGAAGCGCAGCUGGUGGGCCUAGAGCGUAGAUUCAGCGCGCAGAAGUACCUGAGCACCACAGACCGGAUAGAGCUGGCCAGGUCACUGGGGCUCACGCAGAUGCAAGUCAAGACCUGGUACCAGAACAGACGUAUGAAGUGGAAAAAGCAGGUGCUGCUGAAGGGGGAGCGGUCACCCACCAAGCCCAAGGGCCGGCCCAAGAAGAACUCGGUUCCGUCGCUGGUGGAGCUGCAGCGGCUGACGUUCAGCGAGAGGCCGUCGCCGCCGCCGCCAGCGGCCGGCCAGCCGCAGGACAGCCAGCUGACGCAGCUGCCAUCGGCGGCGGCGGGGGAGCGUCGACAGACGGGGGAGUGA